UCUCUGCUCUUCAAUUCCUUAUCUAUUAACCGCAGUUCCAACGUCCUCUCCAACAAUCGAGCAGACUUUAGACCGGGGACAUAACGACAGUAAGACAGAAAGCAACUUUUAAUAUUCUCUCUAUCAAAGUGAUAGUAGCUACAGAGUUAAUCUAUUUGAUGUCUAUAUAGUUCUUUCCAGUAAAGUUUUUUAUAAAGUUCUUUGGAUGUUCGUUUCAAUGGGAACUAUUGGCAACGUAUUGGUUGUGGUGUGGAGACUUGCACAGAAAAGAGAUCAGAGAACUUCUCUAUUGUCAAUCCUCAUUAUCAUGCUGGCAGUUUCAGACUUCUUGUAUUGUGUUCACUUGCUUCUUCUGGAGACUCUGGUGGCUGAAUCUUAUCAAGGGCAAAAGAAGACUUUGGGACAGAUCUCUUCUACGAGUGGUCACGUAUGCAUUGCGAGCGGAUGUCUGUCCUUUUUCUCUUGCUUCAUAGCUCAGUGGGCAACGUUCAAUAUUGCAGAUUAUUCAUUUGACGCAGUGACCGAAUGGUCUUCUCGUAGUUGCUGUUCACUAGUUCGCAAACGAAAUUUGCUCAUUAUAAUCACUUUCCAAGUUUUGGUCGUAAUUGCUGUUACUUACUUCGCCGCUCUCGCGUAUUAUGAUUAUACCAAAGUUUGGGACUACAAUAAUUUUACAAGUCCUAUUGAACAAACUCAGGUUUACAUACGAUGUGCUUGGAUACAGUCAAAUGGCCUCUCUUACUGUCGAAGUUCCACAGGGUCAGCCAAAGAGUCUAUAUUUGGCAAGUGCAAAUUCUCCCAUUGGAUCGUUUCUUACUUUGGAGGAUUGAUAGCGAUUAGUAACACUAUUAUUACUCUUGGAUGUGUCGUUUUCUACAUAGUGUUGUGCCUAACUCUCCGUAGACAAGCUUUUAUAGCAAACGUAACACAAGAAUCUGACAGACACAAACUUCAAUGGCGUUUGAGUGUAAUUGUUCUUCUAAACGCUUUAUGUUGGAUUCCUGUCACUGUACUACAUUGGACGUCAAUAAUUGAUGUCAGUAAGUCUUGGAGCAACGAUUCGACUACAGCAAAUAUUCUUCUCAUCUCAAUCAGUCCAGUAGUGAAUCCUCUCAUCUACACCUUUGCAGGAAAGAGCUUUUCGCAUUCAAUUCGCAGAUAUUGGAGACGAAUAAAAUGCUACCUAUCUCCAAGACGAAACAGUUCCAACUACAAUGACGUUCACCGCGAUGAAGAUGAUUGGAAUACUGAAGAUACUUCCGUCUGGAGUUCUGAACAAAGCAGACUUCUACCGUCUGUUAAUGAUUCAAGGGAAGCUACCUAA